AUGGGUGUCCAGCCGCCAUACAUGUACAAUGCUAUCAAAACUGAAGAUCCGCGAUCUCCUUACAAGAAAUUCGACCCAAAGGCCGUCACCCGCGCGAGUUGGACUUCACAAGCGCCGCGACCGAAGCAGGAGGGCCCAUUGGUUUCUUUCAAUAAGCAUCCAGACUCCUACUUGGUGAUGCCGUUUGGACUGUCAACUGCGAAACCCAUGAAGCCGAGCGUCAAGAAAUGGAUAAAAUGGACGCGCAUCAUACAAUUGGGCUUCAGGUGUUUCCAACUGGUUGCGGCUUUGGGGCUGCUGGUCUUGAUGAUCUUGAUUAAGGGCGUUGACGCUGCUGCAGGAUGGAUUAUGAGAGUAACUCCCGGAGUAGCAAUCUUCCACACAGUGUACGCCAUCUACCAUCUAGCUCGGAGGGCAUCAGGACGUACGCCCGGCUCGUCGUCGUCUUACAUGCUCUUCGCCUCGUUCUUCGAUGUCUCCAUCGUUCCCCUCUACGCCUUCAGCGCUCUGGUAGCCAAGACUCAAGAGGACGGCUGGAAGACCGUUGUCGCCGACGAGACUCUCGUCACUACUUUCAGCAAAGUAGUCUUCUACCUAUCGACAAUCGGAGGUGGACUACAUCUCUUUUCCCUAGCAAUUGGCCUCUACCUGGCCGUGACCUUCCGCAAGAUUACAAAACUCCCCCCAGAUAUGAAUCCUUUGGAAGACAACCUCACCUCCCGGCACAAGCGCAAUAAGUCCUCCGUUUCAACCUUCGCCUCUAGCGCCGCCUCGGAAAAACGCAGCUUCAUGCCCAUCGAGACUAAGCGAGCUUCGGGAGCUGCCCACGAAGAAGACCUCUCGCACCCCCCAACUAUCCCCUUCUUCCACACCAGAACGCAAUCCUCCACCUCCAUCUCAACCUAUAAAACAUCACAACCCCCAUCCCGAGAUUCUCAUGCCAACUUCCCCGGUCCACAAUACCAAGCCGUGCCCUCAAAUUUCUCCCCCACGCCACUCGAUCAGCAAAAGCGCACAUCCUUCACCUCAUAUUCCUCCCCACCAAAAUUCACCACACACCAUCCAUUCGCCGGCUCAGAGAUCCUCUCCAGCUCCAUCUUCGCCCCGGCCGCAAAGCACAAUCCGUACGCCACAACCGACCACCCAAUCCCCUUCUCGCCACCCCCCAAGCGAGCCUCAUACCUCGAAUCGCACGUCUCCUCGGCCUCCUCCCUCCGCUCCUCAAUAAAUACCGACCUCAAAUCCUCCAACAACAACUCCCCCACCUCCCCCUCUUCUUCCACCUCAGCCCCCUGGUUCGCCUCCGACUCCCUCUCCAAGGCACGUUCGCGCUCCUCUCCCGGCAAAAAAGCCAAGUACCAACCACUAGACCAACACCACGACGGCGCCUGCGAGAACAUCACAUACGACUACGACGGGUCCUCAUCGUACGACAGCCACGAUCACCCUAACCCGCUCGAGGCGAAUCCACCGACCCCCGUACACAAGUGCGCGGGCCGCCGAGACUCGCCGCUCGGCGAGAACAACGCGGACAGAGGCAGCGGCGACAUCACCGACAUCCCCAUCUCGUCGCGGGAGAACGACAACGACAACAACAACGAUACCGCCAACGAUAACGUCGACAACGGCGAGGGUCACCCUUCCCAGAAUCCAAAGCAGCAGCAGAACCCAAGCCAGAGAUUCCGCGACAGAGACCUUAUCCCGCGCCCACUAUCCCAAAACCUGCGCGACCGAGCCAAGGCGUACGGGGAGCUGAAGCUGCCCAGGCUGCCCGCCGGCACGCCGCCCAUCAUGGUCGGCGGGAAGGCUGGGAACAGGCAGGUCUCGUCCGGCAACGACUUUGCGAUGAUGAAGAGCGGGACGGGUGGGAAGGGCGUCCGGGUCCGGGAUGUCAGCGGCAAGGUUGCUGAAGAGGGACGGGGUGGCGGCGGCGGCAUUGAUUUGGGCGGUGCUGGUGCUGGUGCUGCUGGUAGUGGCUCAGGUGCGAGGCUUCGGAAAGUGAGUGGGCAGUGA